GAGCUAGAUUCACUUCCUGCACUGGACGGGUUGGAAAAGCUCCCUUCAAGUAUACAUAGAUCAAUCAUAUUUAAGAACUUUUAUGCGACCUCAAAGUCAACAGUCUGGUGCAAAAAUUUCUUACAGAGUGCCGCCGCCAGGAUACAUGUAUGCCAUUCGAACAAAUGAGUUAAUCGAGAAACAUUUACAGGACUUGGAUGCAAAAGAUUGGUCUGUUUUGCAACGUCAUGAAUACGAACAGAAAAUACGGCAGCGAGCUUUGCAAUUGAUCGACCAGUCGGUUGCGAAUUAUCUAGAAGAUAUCCAUCUGACUCGCUAUAUGGAAGAUCUUAAUUGGUAUUACGAAUAUGGUGAUAGUAUCAAUAUCCAAGGCUCUGUUCGAGUUUAUAAUCUACCUAUGACACGAGGCGACCGAGGCGGUGGUAUUUAUAAUAGUGGCCAUAGUGAUCUAUCUAUAUCUUCCCCAGCAACGAUUCAAAGCUCUAUCCGUUAUCAGGCUUCUUCAAGCAGAGGAGGUGGAUCCACGUUUGCAAAUAAACAAACAUUGGUUCAUCAGCCAAAUGCCGACGUUAGAUGGGAGCUUUCACCCACAGUUUCAUCUCAAUAUUCAAAAUUGUCUCGAACUUUAGAACGAUCGAUUGGGGAUGCCAAAACCAAGGAAGACAAAAUAGUUGUAGAAAUAGAGUAAAAAGUCUUUUCUGAGCCUUCUCAGUAGUUGACAACUUAACGGUCACGAAAAGUGGAGUAAGACUCACUUAAUGACAAUGAAUUAUUCAAUAUCCAUGUAUCUCAAUAAUAUACGAAUCUAAAAUUUCA